AGGACGCAUGCCUGUUUCAUACGGUAUUUGCUUUUUUUUCUCUGUGUGAAGCUGAAUUCCUUUUUAUGCUUUGAUGCUCUGUUGUUCGAUAGCGGGUCGGGCUUAACAGUUCAAUUGUAUUAGCCUCGGUCUGAUAAAUCUUGUUGCGGCGAAAUUGUGGUUCUCUGCAGUCAAAGAAAAAGAACACUUUAGAAUAUAGAAAGGAACAAUACCACACUCCCUCCAUCAAGAAAAACGAUUGUCGUAUUGCGACAAAAGGCCUUUCGGUCUUUCCGGCUUUCCGUAGCCUGAUUUGCAUUUCCGCCCGCGACUUUGCGCGCGCGUCCCUCGCUUCCUGUUGGCUCAUUUGAACCUGCGUCACCAAGGAGCGCGCCUGUCGUCACCUUCGUUUGGAAACAUGGCCCUCAACUUACAAACUUCAACGCUAUGUCUGACGCUGCCGAUAUCGUGUCAGAUAUGCCUCGGAAAGGUCAGACAGCCGGUCAUAUGCGCCAACCACCACGUGUUCUGUUCGUGCUGCAUGGAAAUGUGGUUAAAAAAAGCCAGCCAGUGUCCCUCCUGCAGAGUUCCCAUUACGGCGGAGAACCCCUGCAGAGAAAUUCUAGGAGGUACAAAUGAGAGUGAUCACACUGAGAGCCCCUCUGUGAGAAAAUGUCUCAGGAAAACUAGGGGAGAGCUCCUUCUACGCGAGUAUGAGGAAGAAAUUGAAGGCCUCAUCAAAGAAAAUGAAGAGCUGAAAACCAAAAAUCAAAGUCUGGAGUUGCAACUGAGGACACAUUUGGAUCCUUGCAGUACUAACUCUGUGCAAGCAGAUGACAAAAGAGUGGAUUCGUGCAUCAUGGAGGAAUGGGGAAGUAGGCUUCAAACUGCCAGAGAUGUUUGUGAUAAAGUCAAGCAGGACUUGGACAAGCUGAAAGAGGCUAAUAAAGCACUGAGAUCUCAAAAUGUUGAUCUGGUACAAGAAAAUAUGAGACUGAAAGCUGAGGUGGUUAGUAGAUCCCCACAAAAGUUUGGUCGUUACACGGUUGCUGCCUUGGAAGCAAAAAUCCAGCAGUACCAGAGAGACGUUGACCACUUGAAGAGGGCUCUCGAGCGCAGCGACCAGUACAUUGAAGAUCUGGAGAGUCGGCUCAGGACGUCUGAAAAGCGGUGUACAGAGAUGCAGGAGUCAAGCAAAAGGUGCACACCUGGGCUGGAAUCUCUCAACCAGCAGCAAAGGAUCCACAUGAUGAUGAGAAGUUUGAGUGAUAAUGAGAGGGGCUCCAUCUGUAGCAAUCCUGAGGCGGGCGCUCAGACAUUUUCUAAGAGUCACAGUGUGAUGUACUUAUCGUCUGCGGAUCGCAAGGACUCUCCCAAAAAUCCUUGCGGACUCCCCAAAAACGACGAGGACUUAGAUGGCACCUCCUCAGACUUCUUUCCCUCCACCCCCUCCUCUGCCUUCCGCUCCUUGACGCUGAGGAGCCCACGUGUACGUGAAAAAAGAGUUGCAUUUAAACCAGUGACUCAUUUCAGGAGGCUUGAUUUUGAUGAGACUCACAGUCCUGUGAAGACCACCACAGAAAACCAGUUGAGCAGCAGGGACCUGUUCCCCAAAUGUUUGCCUCCAAAUCCAGAUCCCACGGAGCCACUAAAGCCUGUUUUUUGGGGAUCUUGGAAGCUCUCAAAGUCAAAUGACCAAUUAUCUCCUGGUCCAAGUAAAGAAAGCUCAUCUACUGAUUCAACAGCUGCCAAUUUUGGUGCUGACGAGCCCGACAGUUUCCAGAAGUCCAGUGAGGCCUCCAUGGACGCGGCUUAUCUCAGCAAAAUCUCUGAGCUGGACUCCAUGAUGCUGGAUGUAGAGAGCUCCAGUAGCCGCGGGUCUCAGCUCUCUCCGGUGUCCUCCUUUCCCUCCGACUUAGACGGCACUCUCAUCACUGAACCGCAAACCUGCUCUGGCGUCGUAGCACAAUGCGGCCCGUCGAGUCAAACUGAGGCUUCCGGAGGCUACGCUGGAGAAGCGUGUCCUCCGUCCCUCCCAGUGGCUGAUGUGGAUGAGAGCGUAGCACCUGGCUGUGUGCAUAACCGAGAGACGGCUCACGCUGAAGAACUCUCUUUUGACUUGCUCUUUGACGCUCUGGAAGAGACUAAGGCCAGUCCCUCUGACUCUGUCAGUCCAGCGGGUCGGCACCCCAAUCCCGUCGCCUCCUCCCCUUGCGGAAAACCUGCAAACACAUCAAGAGACGGACACGCACUCAACAUCGCCCAGCCGACAAAGAGAAAGUCCCACAGCCCCUUUAACGUGAGCAGUCCUACCAAACUUUCGAAGCUCAUGUGAAGUUCUCAAACACGUUUUUUGUGUCCUCUGCACUGAAACAUGUUCCGGUCAUUGCACUAAUUAAAACUUGCAUCUUUGCUGUCUGUGAUGUAAAACCUUAAAAGUCACAGUGCUUGUUUUGUGAAGGCCCUUGUUUAUGUAUCUGAUAAAAGUAGACACUUAACAGAGUUUUAAAGUCUUGAAAUUGUAAGACAAAUUUCAGAUGUUUUGCGUAGCACUGCCCUGUCUGCUGUCCACACGUUUCUGACUUGUUUUUGUCCUACAAGCUGUUAAUUACACAGGUUGGCAACAAACUGAAAAAAAGAAUGUAAUAAAUUCAAAUGACCUUGCAAAAAAACGUGUUGUUUUCUGAACACCUCAACUAGCUGGAAAUGCUGAACUUUUGAUCUGUAAAGUUGGGAACUUUGUACUAGCAUUAAUUGGUGUUCAGAAAGUUAUUUUCAUUCUGUGGCAGGUCCUCCUAAUUGUAUGCAUUACAGUAAUCCCCCACGCAAUUUUUCUGUUAUUUGACGCCUCUUGACUGUUCAGAUUUUUAUGUAAAUUGCGCCACACCUUUCACACACACACAUGCGGCAAUUCAAUUGUAGCAGAAAUCACUUUAUUAUGCAAAUGUAUUGAUAUUGGGCAUAUUUCACAUACCGCUAAUCGCUUGCAUGAAAUUUUAAUUGGACAACCGUUGCAGUUUGAAUAAAUGAAGAGUUAAUUCA